AUGUCAUCAUACAAAUCAUCAUUCUUACAAAUCGCUCUCGAAUCCGAAGCAUUAAAAUUCGGUAGUUUUACCUUAAAAUCCGGACGUCAAUCUCCAUAUUUUUUCAAUUUAGGAUUUUUCAAUACUGGUAGUUUAUUAUCCAAUUUAGCCACUUCAUAUGCUCAAGCCAUUAUUGCAUCUGGAUUAAAAUUCGACAUUCUUUUCGGUCCAGCAUAUAAGGGGAUCCCAUUGGCUGCUAUUACUGUUGCCAAAUUAGCGGAAUUAGAUCCAGAAAAUUAUGCAAAUAUUGGAUAUUCAUUCAAUCGUAAAGAAAAGAAGGAUCAUGGAGAAGGGGGAUCCAUUGUUGGAUGUGCUUUGAAGGAUAAGAAGAUCUUGAUUAUUGAUGAUGUUAUUACUGCUGGGACUGCUAUUAAUGAAGCAUUUGAAAUUAUUGGUAAUGAAAAGGGACAAGUUGUUGGAUGUAUUAUUGCUUUAGAUAGACAAGAAUUGACUGCUGAUUCUAAUAUUAGUGCUACUGAAGCGGUAUCACAAAGAUAUGGUAUUCCAGUUUUAUCAAUUGUUAAUUUGACUGAAAUUAUUACUAUUUUGAGUGGGAAGAUUAGUCAAGCUGAUUUAGCUUCAAUUCAAGAAUAUAGAAAUAAGUAUGGUUCUAAGAAUUAA